AUGGAACAACCAAACUCCCAGCGAGCAGCAAGCUCACAACAUGUUUCCAAAGAUGUAAUGGUUGACACAGUAGAUUCACCAGUUAUAAAAUCAGAAGAUGUAGAGGAUAACACGCUCACUUCUUCAAAACAGCACGGCGAGUACAAAAGACAGCUCACGUCCAGACAUGUCCAUGUAAAACUCUGCUUUCCAUACGAUGUUAUCUGACAUUACAGCUAACAAGAAGAAAGAUAAUCUCUCUUGGUUCCAACAUCGGAUCUAGUAUCUUCAUAGCCACGGGUAAGGCACUUUAUCAAGGCGGUCCUGGGAAUAUAAUUCUCGGAUAUGCGCUGGUUUGUUCCUUGAUUACUGCUGUGCUAGCAACGAUUGCUGAAAUCACAAUUGCCUUCCCAACUUCUGGGAACUUUAUUGAUUAUGCGAAUCGGUUUGUGGAUCCAAGUAUGGCAUUUGCCGCUGGGUUUGCGGAAUGGCUUGGUAUGUUACCGUCUGGUGUUUUCUGAGAAGCUUAUAUUAAUGAAUUGGAAGGGUGGACCGGGGUGGUUGCUGCUGAAGCUACAGUAUUCAAUAUAGUGGUACAGUACUGGGCCCAUGAUAGUAUUCAUAAAGUAGUAUGGUGUGAGUCUUCAUUACUUGCAACAAAAUACUUUUGGAAUGACUAACUUAAUUCCAGUGAGCGUGUUUAUCUUCUGUGUUUCAAUAAUUUUCCUUCUGCCGGUGCGUUGGUUUGCCUGGUUUGAAUACAUCUGCUCCCUUCUCAAGAUCUUCUCAUUCAUACUUGUCAUAGUCGCCUCGAUCUGUGUGCUCGCGGGCGCAGGGCCAACGGGUCACGUUCAUGGUUCUGAGACACGGGGAUAUUUCCCAAUAUUCGCAAACGGGUUUAGAGUUGGUCAUUCCCCCAAACCUCCCGUUGACACAAUUAACACAGACAGGGGUUCUUGAAUGCUGUUCUACUCAGUAUCUGGGCAACAGGAGAUCAAGUAUUCACGGGCAUCAUGGCUGGAGAAGCUGUUUCUCCUCGCUACUCUAUGGCCCAUGCCGUCAAACUGGUUCCAGCACGAGUAACAUUGAUCUACAUGACCGGUGCCAUCCUGAUCAGUUUCCUCGUUUCUGGAAACGAUCCCAGGCUUCGGGGGGGGAAUUCCACUGCUUCAAGCCCCUUUGUGGUUGCAAUGAAUGACGCAGGUAUCAAGGGCGUACCGGAUAUCAUCAACAUUGCAAUUAUCAUUAGCACUGCCUCAUUGGCAGCGGAAGGUAUCUAUACAGCCUCGCGGGUUCUUCGUGCGUUGGCGCAUGCUGGGUUGAUACAUAAAAGUAUCGCGAAGGUGGAUUCGAAAGGCCGACCUAGAUAUGCGAUUGCAAUAACUGUUCUUGCUCCUGUCACCUUGACGUAUAUCAAUUUGAGUAGUACGAUAUCCCUGAUCUCUACUUGGAUUUUCUUGCUAACUGGAGUUAGAUACCGGUGUGCAAGUGUUUACUUGGUUAGUAUCAAUCGUUUCCUCUUCAUUCUUUUGUGUCUGGUUCGUCAUCGCAAUAAUAUCCUUCCGCUUCCGCGCGGCAAUCAGAGCCCAAAAUGAUCCUCUUUUCACCGAAAUAUAUGCUUACAAAACCUCAUGGUGGCCAUUCCCACCCACGUAUCUUUUUGUUGGGUCGAUAUUCCCUCUUAUCGGUUGUAUCUACAUUGGUUAUUGCCUCUUGUAAGUCUCCUCCCCUCUGAAACAAAAUUGAAAGAAAUCGGAUAUGCUGACGAGAAACAGGAUUCCAAAUCGAUCAACGUAUAUAAUUUCUUCCAGUACAUGCUUGGAUUAUUCCUCAUUGCCACUUCCUACUUGGGGUAUAAAUGCGUGUUUCGGACGAAAAUUGUUGAUCCGAAGAAGGUGGAUUUGGUAACGGGAAGGAGAACUUUAGAUGAGAAGGAGAUUUUUCUGUUACAUUCAGCUCUGGUGAUUGGAUAGGAGAUUGAAGGAAUGAUGUUGUUUUAAACAUGAAUUUAACUGCUGAAAAAAUAGUAGUCUCAGCUACUUUACUGUGUGAGAGAUCUCGUCGUUGCUCACAAACAGCUUGAAAAGUGCUUGUGCUAGAGCUUUUGGAACAAUAAACUUCAAUAUCCCAAACCAUUCGCAUAACUGUUUCCACAGCGAGAGUUUUUCUGGUGCAAACAGUUUCAUUGAGGUGCAUGUAGAGCAAUAGCAGGGUUUCUGCGUCCCUGGAAAUGACAUACUAUACGUCCUAGAACAAUGAAUUGAGUUAACUCAUUGCUAGAGAACUCACCCCAGUGUAUUGUAGAGCGCGACCAUUAUCCAACGCCUUGAUGUGGUACCCUAGGAAGCUUUUUCCAUGAGCUCCUAAUCAAGCGUCUGAUCUUCUUUGAUACCAGUAGGAGCUAAGAUUCAGCUACGUCAAUGACGAUAGCGAUGGUCAGAUCUUCGCAAGCCUAGCUAGCUUAGAAAUCACCUGCACGUACUGGCACUAUGUUAAGCCACAUUUCACGCCCAAGAAAACGUUUAGCAAACGCAGCACCUAGGAAAUGGUCCCCAUCACCCCUUUGUAAGGUUCUGGGAGCUUGGUAUGAUGCCUGUAGUAGUAGUCAUCCAGUUGAAGAAUGAUCAACAACUGUGCACAGCCAGCAUGAAGAAGAAUUGUCAAAUUACAAAGUUUCCUGGGCAUGAUUGGACGACCCUUGCGUGUCUGGCUGAAGUGUUUCUUAGGUACAUUCUCAGAUGGCGUUGUAUUGUUCUACUGUGUUUUUGUAACAAGUACAAGUUCAGUUUCUGAGAAUCACCGUCAGAAUAAAUACGCUCUCAAAAAUAGAAAAUAGCAGACUUUCCUCAAGCAAUGCACGAAGUAGUUGGUAUGAUGUGGUCCUGUGCCAUGCCACUCACUACCAGCGGUUCGGCGUCAGCGUUGUUCACCCCUGCUUGCUGAAGAACGGAAAAGCAGCGGCCGAUAUCCCCACGUUACCCGCGGAGCUGUACGCCGUACGCAUUCACCCUCUUCCAGCAUAGGCACACCACACUCUAAAAGUAUGCUUGCCAUACUCAAUCCCAACAACCUGGGUGAAUCGGCCAGCGGACAAUAAACACCAAAAGAACUGGAAAUUGGUAGGCCUUACCUAGAUCAGUAGUUAAUAGUGAAUCUAAGGACUGCUUUGUAUUAAAUGGAAACAUGACAGAGUCCCGCUUCUCUCUUCAGUAGUAAUUACCUAUAAUUGUAGCGGACAUCAGGCAUCAGACAUGACAGAGGAAAAGUGACGCUGGCUGCCGCUUUUUCCAUGACAGAAACCGACCCUCUCUUAGCGCACCACCUGCAUCAGUACCUUUCCGUCUUCCACCCAUCCCCAUCCCAUCCCAUCCAGACUUACCAGGCCCUGCCCUUUACUUCCUACAUACAAGUCUUGCUGUCGCCAUCGCGUUCGCAACUCCCCACCCGAUUGAUCUUUUUCUCAAAACCUCCCACCAGGACGAUUGGAAGUUCCCAUCUUCAUACUCGUCCGUAAAAGUACUCCAUAAAGUCAGCGGUGCAUCUGCAUCCUUGCUUUCCCAGGGACUUCAUAGCCUCGUCUCGUCUGCCCUUGAGAUCUUGAGAUCGGCUCACAUUCUCACACAACGCAACAUCCAACCAACAGAACAGCCAUUGCUGGACCAAACCAUUCCUGGAUAUCCUCCUCAUACUUUUUGGGGUUGAAACGAAAAUCAAUACACGCUCUGAUGGGCCAAUAUUUAUUUACCAUUGUCCGAUAGCCUCUCACAUUCUGGCGCUUCUCGCAACAACAUUCUGCGGGAGGCGCUUCCUGUCCCCAUAGCUACCACUACCGCUUGUGGCAAGAAUUUGUCCUUGGGAACGACCGACAUGACCAAGGCUUCUUCUCGUCAUUCGAGCGCCGCAGCCUCUCCCACAGCUCCCCAGGCUGGCGAUGGUGCGAAUGGUGGAGAGUUAUUGAUGGUGGAGGGAGAACAACUGCGCAAGUCCAAGUCCCCGCCGAGGGCUCUGCAGGAUGGUCCAACUUCAGUAAAUAAUAACUCCUCGAGUAAACCGGGCGAUCAAAAUUCAAUCGAUACACCUUCCACGGAGUCACAGCCGGCAAAGAAGUCUAGUUCCGUCUCCUCGAAUCCGCCAACCGUGAAGGAGACCGAAGGGGGCGACUCCGGUGUCGAAGUUCAGUAUGGAACCCGAUCGCGCAACAGAGCAGGGAAAUUGAGGCCCAAUUACGCCGAAGACAGUGGAAUGGACGCGGAAUUCGAGGUUGCGCCAACUGGAAAGGAGAAAUCAGGGCGCAAAGCGGUACAGGCUGCCGAGGCGGCCUCAUCCAAUGGACUAGAUGCUGGAAAACCUGCUAUAGCAGCCCAAAAGUUACCCGCUCCAGAAUCUGAACAGCAGUUAGCCCAGAAUAAUCACCAUAAAGAUCCCAUACCCGGAACUUCCACAUUCUCUGCCCACCCAACGGCUCCUGCGCCAACCAAGAAGAGGAAGGCGACCAACCAAAAUGCAGCGGCAGCGGCUCAAAGCUCAAAUAGCGCACCUAGGAAAGCCAAUGCGGCAGCGCAAGUCCCCACUGGUGUUCGAGAGACAAAUAUGCUGACCUUUGAAAAUUGUGGCGGGAGACUGAAAGACGGUAAACUUAUUGCAGACGAUGGGACAGUACUGGAAAUUAAUGGUAUGGCUGGAUUUUCCCCCUCGCUGGGCAACUCAACCCCAUGACAUAAAAAACAAAAGACUGAUAAUUCUUUAGAUCAUGCCUACCUCAUUUGUGAACCUCCAGGAGAGCCGUAUUAUCUCGGCAGAAUAAUGGAGUUUCUUCAUCUAGACAAUGACAGUUCAAAACCAAUAGACUCAGUUCGGCUCAACUGGUACUAUCGAUCUAGAGAUAUUGGCAGAAAAACCAAUGAUUUCCGACAAGUCUUCGCGUCCAUGCACUCUGACAUCAGUCCAUUAACUGCACUUCGCGGAAAAUGCGAAAUCAAACACAAAACCGAAGUCGAGAAUCUCGAUGACUUGCGAAGAACUCAAGAUUCUUUCUGGUUUGAAAAGCUCUAUGAUCGUUACAUUCACAGUUAUUAUGAUGUCAUCCCGACAAGAUUGGUUAUCAAUGUGCCUGCCAAUGUCAAAAAGGUUCUUGACGAAAGAUGGAAAUACAUUGUCGUGGAACCGAAUCGUGUCAAGUCAUUUACCACCCCUUCAAAAUCGUGCAAAAGAUGUGGCGAGUAUAGUUCCAAGUGAGUGUAGCCAUUACCGACAAGCUUAUUCACUUGCUGAUAAUGAUAUAUAGAGAUGAUGCCGUUGACUGCGCUAUAUGCUCCGAAACUUACCACAUGAGUUGUGUCAGUCCUCCGCUAUUAAAAAAGCCCACUCGAGGAUUCGCUUGGGCUUGCGGUCCCUGUAGUAAAGCUCAGGCAAAGAAGCUGAAGGAGCGAAACACCCCCAAUAUUGCUGAUCUACCAGACGACGAUGAGUUGAACGAUGAAGAGGAGUCGCCGGCUGUCACCGAAGCUGCCAACGAUACUGGACCGACCAGUCCGGCUCGUUCUACAAAUCUAGAUGAUUCAUUCGUCGGCGCUGACAAGCAAUCCCAACAAGGCAAUUGGCUCUGGAGGUAUCUGGGACAACAUUGCAAAGUGACCGACGCUCUGGAUCCCGACGACCGUAUACAUCCCCGGGCAAGUUCACGUGUCAGCAAGAUGCAUCAAGUCACUGUAGAAAACUGGCCGGGAAGACCAGUGGAGUAUGUCAAGGCGCCCGAAGUCAAACGAAAGUACGUGAAAGGCGGGGCACCGAAGAAGGAAACAAAGCAAGCCAAAGAAGCCGCUGCUGCACUAGAGGCCGACAAACUUGCAAGAGAGAAGAGACCAAAGUGGGUUAUGGACGAACCUCCUGGAUACACCGCUCGGGGAGAAGACUACGACAAUGACGAUCCCAGGUGCACUGCACAGCUUGUUUACAAGGCACCUGAUGCCGAACAAUUGGUUCCUGCUCCCGAUAAUGACAAUGAUAUCAGCAUGGAGAAGCCUGAAGAUACUGCUCUCGAUGGUAUUAUUAAGAAAUAUGUUGACGAAGCUGUUUCUAUUGCGAGACAACUCCACAAUAUACCUGAAAAGAAUACGACCAAUUCCAUGGACGUUGCAUUGCAGACACUGCAGUCAAGCGGAUAUGAUGUAAAUAAGGCAUUGGAUGUUAUGAAAACCCUGGAUAAGAGUGUCUUCAAAGAACCGGAUCUCAGUCCUUUGGAAUUGAAGAAGUUUGAGGACGGUGUCACUAAACACGGCUCACAAUGGUACAGCAUAAAAAAGCAUGUCAAAACCAUGAGUGCUGCAAACGUAGUCAGAUUUUACUACACCUGGAAGAAAACAGACCGAGGCAAGCAAGUCUGGGGUAAUUGUCCUAAGAGGAAAGGCAAGAAGGAAACCAAACAAGCAGAAGCAACGGCAGCACCUGGGAAGCUUCAAGACGAUGUUGCUGAUGAGUACGACGAUUCUGCAUUUGACAACGAAAAAGCUGCCUCCAAAAAGAGAAGAUUUCAGUGCAUGUUCUGUGCCACGAGACAAUCCCGACAGUGGAGAAGAGGCCCACCUCCAACAGGCAUGAUUUCUGAGGCAACGGGUGCCAAGGCAACUGCCAAAGAUAAAAACAACACAUUGAUGGAAGCUUUGUGUCGCAGAUGUGCUGAAUUAUGGCGCCGGUAUGCAAUCCAAUGGGAGGAUAUCGAUGAAGUCAAUAAAAAGAUUGCACAGAAUGGAGGCAAAGCCUGGAAACGCAAGAUUGACGAGGAGUUUCUCAAGGAACUUUUGGCUGCGAACGAGGUCACAAAUAUGUAUGAAGAGCCGGUAAAUACUGGCCCCAUGUCUGCUGAUGGCACGCCAAUUCUAUCUGCUCCGCCUGUCCAAGUAGAGCCUCCAAGAAAGAAGGCGAAGACUGUACCUGAGCCAGAUGUGGUCAAUCCGUCUAUAGAACCGGCUGUAGUCCAGGCGCCUGUUCCAAAGAAAAAGGCACCGGUAGAGAAGCCGCCUCCGCCACCACCUCCUCCCGAACCGCCAAAGGCAAAGGUACUUCCUUGCGCCGUAUGCAAUGGCUUGGUACCUACAGAGGCACUCCUCGCGUGUAAGGAAUGCCGGUUAUCUGUCCAUCGCCAAUGUUAUGGAGUUGUGCGUGAGGGAAAUACUAGUAAAUGGACGUGUGAUAUGUGUUCUAAUGACAGAAAUCCACAAGUAUCGAUCGUAAGUACACAACUAAAGACUGUUAAUACAAUCAGACUGACACUAGUAGCAAUAUAAAUGCAUGCUAUGCCCCGUAGAAUACACGGAACGCGAUUUUGUAGAAUCACCACCUAAGAUCUCGCAUAAAAAGAAGACUGAGAAGGAUCGCGAGAAAGAUCGCUUAGAACGAGAAGCUGCACUAAAUGCUGCAGAAUUCUUCCGGAAAAAACAGGAGGAUCUUAAUAAACCUGUCAAUCCAAGGGAGCCUCUCAAGCGGACCGCCAACAACAAUUGGGUUCAUGUUACCUGUGCUGUUUUCACCCCAGAGGUUAAGUUUGGCAACGCGAAAGCUCUGGAGCCUUCAGAGGGUAUCCCAUCCAUAGCAUCAGCUCGAUACGAUGAAACUUGCAAGGCAUGCAAAAAGAGAGGUGGCGCGUGUGUGGUAUGCCAUUCUUGCAAAGCCCCAGGUAAGUUAUAUGAUUUCAACCUCUAAUAUCACUACUAACAAAACUAGUGCACGUGGAAUGCGCACACCAAGCUGGAUAUGUCCUCGGUUUCGAUAUUACGCCAGUCAAAGGGUCUCGCAGAGACCAAUCCAAUAUUGUGACUAUAAAUGGGGACACUGGCAUCAUGGUGGGUGCAGUAUGGUGUAAGGAUCAUGUGCCAACUAAGCAACCCUAUCAUGAAAUGAGUGAUAUUGUCGACGAUACAGGAAUCAACGCCCUUCAACUCUAUGUGCGAAACUACAAACAAGCUGAUUUGACCUUGACCGGAACUGUUCGCAAAGCAACACUUGUCAACCAGUCCACCAAAGUCGUCAUUCCUACCUCUGCGCCUCCUUCUACAAAUCGCAGGACCUCUACCGCCCACACCAACGGACACACUUCCAAUGGCAGAGGUACUUCAUCUGCUACAAAAGCUGAGGAUUCUUCUAAGGAGCCGCCCAAGACUCCAGUCAGAAUCUGUGCUACGUGUGAGACGGAUGUUAGCCCGAGGUGGUUGCCCUUUCCUCCUGUUGAUGACACCAUUGUGAGUGGUCAACUUGCUGGCGAGCCCCAACCCAAUGGGGUACAUGCCAAUGAUCUCCAGAAUACUCGAGACACACUUGUGGAUGACAGUGCUGGGCAUGCUGCUCUUGCUGCUGCCGCCUUGCAUCAAAAUACACAACCAUCUCCCUCAGGAGUUGAGGAAUGGCAGUGCCAUAAAUGCCACCUUAGGAAACGAAAAAGAGAGCCUUCAUUUCCACCACCAGUGGCAGCUCUUCCAGUUCUCCCGGCAGCUCCACCAGCCAUUCAGCGAGAGGAACCACGACCUAUGAACUCCAUCCCACUGAAUAUUGGUGCUCCUAUACCUGAACAAGAAAUGCCACCUAGUAGACCUCACUCCAGUCCGUAUGGGUGGGCCCCCCAACCAUCCUAUCCGCAUAAUACUCCAUACAGCUGGCCUAGACAUUCGCCCGUUGCCCAAGCUGCGGGAGUGGUGAACCAUUUGAACGGCGCCCAUUCGCCUCGGCUACCACCCGUUGGACCUAGCCAAAUCCGACAACCUGUCUCGAAUGUCCCACCUUCCAAUGGCCACCUGGCUCAGCUUCCAAACGGCUAUCCUCCCUCCCCUCGGCAUAAUAUGAGUCCCUCGUUACAGAUGCAAAAUGGCACUUAUCCUUCCUAUGGCCCUUCUACGCGUCAACCACCACAGCAUUUAACGAACGGAGGACCUCCGCCUCGUGCCCCUGAGCAUCCAUUCUCGAACAACAAUCCACCCGUGCACCCUCGGCAGUCGUUUCCGCCCGCGCAAAUGAGUCCUCCCCUCCACAGAGAUCAUAAUCAAUCGCGAGAGAACAAUUUCCAACCGCCACCCCCACCUCCAUCGUCCAAUGUUCGACAACCAGAUGGUCAGGUCAAUGGAGGCGCAAGUGCGAGCCCGUCGUUACGUAAUCUGUUGUCAUGAAGGAAUGAGUGAUGCAGAAGAAAAGAAUUGUAUUAAAACUCCCUUUUUCCCCCUUUCCGAAUAGUCCUUUUCCUUUCGUUUUAGAUGUUGGUCACAUUCUUCUCUUGUGGCAUUUACCGGAAUUGGCAUCUAUGGGGAUUGAUAGAUGCCUAAAUGGGAUUCUGUAGGAAAAUUUCAAGCGUGGCGUUAAGAGAUGAAGGGAUUGUAAAGUAGAAAACUGGAUUGUGAUGUUUAUUAAGCAGGGCACGUAGGCUUUGAUAUGGGCCAAAUUUUAGUGCGGCCACGAAUGAAAAAGAUGUUGACUAUG